CCUUCUCACCAUACCUGGCCACCAGGUUCCUGACCUACUCAUACCUCCUGGUCUUCAAUGCUUGGCUCCUAUUGGCUCCCAUCACCCUGUGCUAUGAUUGGCAGAUGGGCAGCAUCCCUCUUGUGGAGUCAAUAUUGGAUACCCGUAACCUAGCAACCAUUGCGUUUGUUGUCACCAUGGUCAGCCUUACUGCGUACUGCCUGUUUCUUGCAGAGGACGAGGCAGGGAUGGUUGCCGUACUGGGGCUGGUGUUGUUGGUCCUGCCAUUCCUACCUGCCUCUAAUGUCUUCAUUAGGGUGGGCUUUGUAGUGGCCGAGAGAAUCCUCUACAUUCCAAGCAUGGGUUACUUCAUCCUGCUGGUGCAUGGGAUCCACAACCUGUGCUGUGCCUUAGGUAAACCUGUCUCCAGCCUGAUGACAGGCUGUACUCUACUGCUCAUCAUCUUGUGGGGCUGUAAAACUAUCCACAGGAACCCAACAUGGUGGACGAGAGAGUCUUUAUUCAGGUCUGGUGUGGAAACUUUGCCCCACAAUGCUAAGGUGCAUUACAAUUAUGGGAACUACUUAAAGGAUCUGGGCAGACAUGAGGAGGCCAUUUUCCACUACCAGAGAACAUUGGAACUGUACCCCCGCCAUGCCAGUGCCAAUAACAAUCUGGGGACCCUGAUGACCAAUGACACGCAGCUACAGGAGCUGUACUACCGUCGGGCCAUGAACAUCACACCACAACAUGCCAAGGCUCACUUCAACCUGGCUAACCUUAUCAGUAAACAAGGCAAGACAUCAGAAGCAGAAACGCUUUUGCGACGAGCCAUUGUCAUCCAACCAGACUACAUCGAUGCUCAUGUCAACCUGGCCUCCCUGCUGUCAGACGUAGAUCGGAACCAGGAGGCCAUGGACAUUUAUCAGAAGUCUCUAGACCUGGACAGGGAAAACCCUGAUGUUCUAAAUAACUAUGGAGCUUUCUUGGCCAAAUUAGGUCAAACUACCGAGGCACUGUCUCUCUAUGACCAAGCCCUGACCUUUGACCUUACUCACACAGUUGCCAUGGUGAACAAGGCCCGACUCCUUCGCUCCCUCGACAGGACUCAGGAAGCAGAGAGCUUAUUCCUCAGGGCUAUAUCCUUAAAAAAGGAGGCUGGUACUCUUGAGCUGCUGGCAGCUAUGUACUACAACACUGGCCGGAUCAUGGAUGCCAAGACUGUGUAUGAAGAGGUUCUCUCUCUAGACCCAGACAGACAUGAAACUGUUACUCAUUAUGCCCAUGUUGUUGGACGCUUGGGUGAUCAUAGAAAGGCUGAAGAGCUGCUGCUUGGAAUGCUGGACAGGAGACCAGACUUGUUUGAUGCUCAUCGUCAUCUGGCCAGUUUGUAUGGCAUGAUGGGAUCUAGUCAGAAGGCUCUACAGAGUGCACUGCAAGCACUGGAACUUCUACCACCCAACUAUGAGGCUAAACAGACUGCAGAGCUGCAUUAUGAGCUGGGCAACCAUCACAAGGACCUGAACCACAUCUCUCAGGCCCUGGACAGUUACAGGAAGGCAGUGAGCCUCUAUCCUAACCUGGCUUCUGCACACAUGAACCUGGGAGCACUGCUACAUAUCAAGGAAGAGAUCCAGGAGGCCCGGCAGCACUACCAGGCAGCGCUGAAGCUGGAUCCGACCAACCAGGUUCUCAUGGACAACAUCCGCAAACUGGACAGGAAGGAGCAGCAGCUGCGCCAGGAGGCCAGCAGGCCAGCUGGAAACAGAUAGUAUCUCACAGUACCGCUGGUGCUCCUCAUGUCCAACUUCAACUUAACAUGCUCUCGAAUUGAUAUGCUGCAAUGUAUUCUUACAGCCUGAAGACAUUUUGUGAAGACAAUUGUGUUGGAUGUUUUUGCUGCUCUCAAGCUCAAGCACUGUUCUCUUAAGCAUUUAUUAUGAUUUAAGAAUUGUUCUGUUAUAAUUGAGGAAUGAUGAUUUUAGGUUUAUUCCACUUCUCAAUAUACGUAAUGAUUGUUGACAAAAAGAUGUUUUGACUUUUGUCAGAUGUUGGUAAUCGAUGGCAAUCUUAUUGCAGAGAUGUAAAAAUCUAGAUGUACAUAAUUUUUAUUGAUAUACAUGUACAUGUAGUCCAGUUACAGUAACAUAAAUUGUAUCUGUGAUGUUAUUUUAUCAUAAUUAUACAGACCUAUUAUGUACUUCUACCACCCAAGUAGAUUUCUGUAUGUAUGAUCUCUUCUUAAUCAUCACUUACACAGAGUAAUAGAAUAUUUUUUUAAUAAGCUUUUAAAUGUUUUAUUAAAAAGUUUAAUGUUUUAUCAAGA